CAACUUUGAAAGCACUCAAAAAGCAACUGUAAGCUCGAACUGACGCGCAUUCGUCGGAAUUUAAUUUGGUAAAAUUUAAAAACGAAGUGAAAACCAACCAUCAUGGACUGCGGCACAUCUCUGGUCAAAUACAUCCUCUUCAUAUUCAACACCAUUGUGUCGGUCAUCGGCAUUUUGGGCAUUGUCUAUGGUGUGCUGAUCUUAAAGAGCAUCGGAACGAUUGAGGUUAAUGGACAGGUGGGCUUCCCCCCACAGGCUCUCAUGCCGAUCGUACUGAUCAGCUUGGGAUCCAUUGUGGUAUUCAUCUCGUUCCUGGGCUGUUGCGGAGCAAUUCGCGAAUCGGUCUGCAUGACCAUGAGCUAUGCCGUCUUCCUGCUGAUCCUACUGAUCCUGCAGCUGACUCUGGUCGUUCUUCUGUUCACCAACAAAGACAAAUUCGAUUCGGCCAUGGGCGAUGUCAUUGACAAGGCCUGGGAGUCUGACCAGGGUCGUGGAGGUGUCUUCGAUGCCAUCCAGAAAUCGUUGCACUGCUGCGGACGUGAUUCCGCCGCUGACUACAUUACGCACGGACAAACCCUUCCUGCAAGCUGCUGUGAUGGUUCCUGCCUGAACCCGCUCAACAUCUAUGGAGGAUGUCGCGCCAAGUUCGUCGACACGAUGUCCGUCAGCACUGACAAGGCCAAGUACGUGGCCAUCGGCCUGAUUGGAGUUGAGCUUAUCGGUUUCAUCUUUGCCUGUUGCCUGGCCAACAACGUUCGCAACUAUAAGCGCCGGAACGCCUACUAAGGGCAACGUGCACUCAUUUAACGCACAAUAGGAGGGACACACGUACACCCAAAUGGACACACUCACACACAUUCUCAUCACAUUUUACCGUCGUUGAACGCACUAACAAGGAUAAUUUCAAGGAAACCAUUUGGUUUGUUAUUCGUCCAAAAAGAAAUGUAGUAAAACGCGUAGUUUAAGGCGAUAUAAAGCGCUUACAUUUUUUAAUUCCUAUGUAUUAUUGAUAUAAUUCGAGUUUUACCAACCGAACGAGCUAACAACGCCCUUUCCAAAGCCUUUGUACAAACCUUUAAACUUGUUAAACUGAAAGCCCAGAAAAAUAACUUAAUGAACGUUAGUAGCAAUGCUACUUUUUUGUUUAAAAGAAAACUAUAAACUGUUAAAAAGCCCAAGCGAAAUGAAAUAUAAAUUUAAUAUAAACAUAUAUACCCGUAUGUAUGUAACAUGUUCAUUCUAUUCAUAAUUGUAAAUUAGAAUCUCCAGAUCAGAUUUACAUUUUGGAAAAUGCAUCAAAUAAACUGCGAAUUUGAGCUGCAUACGACAUUUA